AUGAGCGUCCUUCUCGAGACGUCGCUAGGUGACAUUGUGAUCGACCUUCACACAGAGCUCGCGCCACGCUCAUGCACCAACUUUCUCAAGCUCUGUUCGAAGCACUACUACAAACUCAACGCGUUCUUCCGCGUCGAAAAGGACUUUCUGGCUCAGACGGGCGAUCCGAGCAAUACAGGCAAAGGAGGAGCUAGCAUCUGGUCGCAACUACCAUCGACAUCACAGGACAGCUCGACGAGCACGUAUUUCACACCAGAGUCUUCGGAUGGUCAGCUCAAGCAUUUGAAAAAGGGGACGGUAUCGUUUGCAUGUUUUCGCAAGCACGUCCAGGGAGCAGAUGAGGACGGUGAGGGUGGCUCAUGCGAGCUGCUUGCCGGGUCGCAGUUCUUCGUAACGUUGAAAGACGAACUGGAUUAUCUUGAUGGAAGGCAUGCUCCGUUUGGUAUGGUCGUCGAAGGACACGAACCAGGUGGGACGCUCGACAAGAUUAAUCACGCCUUCACAGACGACCAGAAGCGACCGCUCAGAGAUAUUCGUAUCCGACACGUUGUUGUUCUCGAAGACCCGUUCGCUGACCCGGACGGAUUUUGUGCCCCAUCCCGAUCGCCUUCACCAACGCCUUGCCAGGUUCGCGCUCUUCGCCUCGCCGACGAUGAAGAUGUUCACUCGGACGUCGAUCCCGCUUCGAAAGAAGAAAUGCGCCGCAACGCCGACACCAACGCUGCCGCGCUCACACUCGAAAUGGUCGGUGAUCUACCUUUCGCCGAAAUUCGCCCUCCCGAAAACAUCCUCUUCGUCUGCAAGCUCAAUCCUGUCACCCGCAGCGACGAUCUAGAGCUCAUCUUCUCGCGGUUCGGCAAGAUCUUAUCGUGCGAAGUGAUCAAGGACAAAAAAACCGGAGAUUCGUUGCAAUACGCGUUUAUCGAGUUUGAUAAAAAGGACGAUGCGGAGAGGGCGUACUUCAAGAUGCAGAAUGUGCUCGUGGACGAUCGAAGGAUCUGGGUGGAUUUCUCGCAGAGUGUAAGUCGAUUGCAUGGCGAUUGGGUGAAAAAGAGGAAUGCCGGGAGCGACGCGCCGAGAGCGCAUUACCAAUCGGGUGCGGAUGAACAAAGCGUCGACUCGUACAGACCAAACGCAGGUGGAUAUCAGAAGCGAGGUGAUGAUCGACGGCACGAUCGACGCGACCAGCCUACAGCUAGAGGGGACACAAGCUCUUGGCAUAGCCGACAAGACAGCGAGCGGAGCUACAGAGAAAGCAACGACGACACAAGAGACCGGUCGAACAAAAGGUCGAGACGCCAUCACGACGAUGUACCCCAGCAAAGCCGCUCACGAUCCGAACGUCAUGAUUCACACCGCGAUCACGAGCGUCAUCACCUCAGUCGACAUGUUAGACCUUCGGACGAAGGCGAGUCGAAAUGUCGUUACGAAGCGCAUUCCCAUACAAGACACGACGAGCAUACCAGGCGUCACGACAGCAGUUCAACCGCAGCUCGUCGAGACGAGGACAGAAGAUCUGAGCGUUCACGCCAUGAUCGUGAUCGUGAUCGUGAUCGUGAUCGUGAUCGUGAUCGUGAACGCGAACAUCGACGCAGGACUGAGGACAGACGGCGACAUGAUGAUCGCCAACGUUCCCGUGAUGGUUCACGCCGGUGA